AGCAGGUUAUUCACCUUAUCACUUAUCAUUCUUUUCAGAAUCGCCAGUCGGCAAGAUUUAUCCUUUUGCUAUCAUCUUGAAUUUGAUGAUUUUGAUGAUUUGAAAAAUGGUCCAGGGUGUCAAACAUAUCAUCCUCGUCCUGUCGGGGAAAGGAGGCGUCGGCAAAUCCACUGUCAGUGUCCAGUUGUCCCUCGGUCUCAAAGAAAAAGGAUUCAAGGUUGGCCUUUUGGAUAUUGACUUGUGUGGCCCAAGUAUACCGUAUUUACUCGAUCUAGAGGGCUCUCCUGUCCAUAAAUGCCCAGAUGGAUGGGUCCCGGUCUAUACGGACAAAGACCAGUCAUUGGCCGUUAUGUCUAUCGGAUUUCUAUUAGCCAACAAGACAGACAGCGUCGUAUGGAGAGGGCCCAAAAAAAACAGUAUGAUAAAACAAUUUGUUAAUGAUGUCUACUGGCAGGAGCUUGAUUAUUUAAUUAUUGACACACCUCCUGGCACAUCAGAUGAGCAUAUCACUAUCGUCGAAUGUCUCAAGGACUCGUGCGAUGGUGCUGUUCUGGUCACUACACCUCAGGCUGUAUCAUUGGAAGAUGUCCAUAAAGAAAUCACUUUCUGCAAAAAGACAGGGGUCAACAUACUCGGAUUAAUCGAGAACAUGAGCGGCUUUGUCUGCCCCAAUUGUUCGGAAUGUACGAAUAUAUUUUCAAGUAAAGGAGGCAAAUCUCUAGCAGAGCAUACCGGCAUACCGUUCCUAGGUACAAUACCCAUCGAUCCGAAUAUCGCUCGCCAAAAUAAAAAAAGCAUUUUAACGGUGCACCCAAAUUCAAAAAUAGGAGAGGCAUAUGACCACAUUAUAAAAACACUUACAUGUGAAAAAAUGGAAGAGUAAAUCUUUUAAUUUAAUACGUGUAUUUUAUAAAAUCUAUUUUGUUAUCGUUUAAUAAAUAUAGAAUAUUUUUUAUAA